AUGAAGCAAGGAAAGUUGGAAAGCUCCUACCUGUUGUGUGUAUUCCUGGGCGAGGGUCACGUGGGAGGGGUGGUGUUCGAGGAGAGGGGGAGGUCACUGGAGUUCAUCGAGGACUGUCCGGAGCAGAAGCCUUUUCUGAACACCAGUUCACUCGUGCAUUCUCUCUCACCCUCAACCGUCCUUGUCAAGAAGGGAAAUAAGGAUUUCUGUGAUUUUCUGAGUCACUUAAAAUCGGAGCUGGAAGAGACGACAGUGGCGGAGGAUGAGGACUUAGCUGGGAACAGAGAGCGUUUUGCUCUGAAGGAACUCGGCUUCAAAAUGUUUGAUUUGGAGAACGCCACCAAAAGAUUACUCGCCACUAAACUUCCAGGCAUGCCAUCUGGUCUUAGUGAUGCGCAAUGUGAGUUGUACAUUCGCUCUCUUCUCCCUCUCUUGCAGAACAGUCCAUGUAUGGUCAGGGCAGCUGGGGCUCUCCUCUCCUAUCUAGACCAGCAGAGCAGCACUGUGUUUGGACACCAUGUUCUUCACUUUGCACCCGCCACAGCUGCCUCUCUUAAAAACAGAUGUGUAGUGGAUGAGCAGAGUCUGCGUGACUUGGGUGUGUUCUCUCGUGACCUGCACCCCUCAGUUGUGAACAAGGGUGGAGCAAGUAAAGAGGGCUACAGUCUCUUCUCCCUCUUCGACAAGACUAAGACCCCCUCCGGACAUAGACUCCUGAAACACUGGUUCCACUCACCUCUCAAAAUCCCAGCCCUCAUCAAUGAGCGCCUGGAAUUGGUGGAUUUGUUCUACCGUAACUUCGACUGCACUCAACAGCUGAGGAGAGAACUCAUCGGAGUGCAGGAUGUGUACCCUCUGCUCAGAAACCUACAGUCACGCUCUCUCACUGGUCACAAUUUCAAAACACUCCUCAAGACAUGUCAGAAAGGGAAAGCUAUUUUGGGAAUAAUGGCUGGACUGAUGCAGAGCAAAGGUGCACCGAUCAGGUCUCCUCAAGCAGGAUCAACAGGCGCAGUCAAAGAUACAUCUAAUGUCACUCCACAUUCCUCGAGGCAAUCUGGCUCAAGUAUUCUGGAGGUUUCCAGACUGGCUGAGAUGAGACAGAUGUUGAAGCAGAUCGAACAUUGGCUCAACAAGUGUGUGGAUUGGGACCGCGUUGGGAUGGGACAGAGACUGAUUGUGAAGAGUGGGGUAGACGAGGGCGUGGAUGUGUUGAGGAGCAAAUACUCCGCCCUACCACAACUGCUCAAACAACUAGUCACUCUUGAGCUGGACAACUUCUCCGGUCCAGUGGAACUUCGUCUGGUCUACAUCCCCUCUCUGGGCUUCUUCGUGGCAGUGGGUGGCAACCACAGUAGAACUGCCAAUCAGUCUCAUUCCACUGCUCCCGCCCCUCUCACCACUGACCCAGACUACCACUUGGACUUCGUCUUCUAUUGCGACAAGGAAGACAAGACUUACUUCAAAGAUGCGACCACUGUCCAACUGGACAAUUGUGUGGGCGACAUCCUGCUGCAGCUGAGAGUGGCAGAGGAAAGAGUGUUGAGCAGUUUACAGAAGGCUAUUUUAACCUACUCCUCACAACUGGUGCUGUUCUCCCAAUUUGUAGGCUACCUGGACGCCAUUCUCUGCAUGGCACUGGCCGCCAAGUCAUACAACCUCGUCAGACCCACAGUGCACGAUGGGAUAAAUUACGAACGAAACGACAAUAACAACAACACUGACCAUGACAACAGAGCAUGUUACAUCUCCAUUAUCAAAGGGUGGAACUUGUUGGUGUGUCGAGUGGUGGACCAGUUUGUGCCCAAUUCUCUUCAUUUCUCCCCACCACCCUCUCAUGCUCAUCAGUUUGCUACCUUCUCGCGUCAUUCAACCCAGAACAGCUAUGGACAAUCGAGUAGUGGUCGUGUGAUGGUGCUGAGUGGUCCCAAUGCAUCUGGUAAGAGCGUGUUACUCAAACAGACUGGCCAGAUCCUGUUCCUGGCUCACCUGGGCAGUUUUGUGCCAGCCAAGAGCGUAUCUCUCUCCUGUCCUCUGGACUCCAUCUUCGUCAGACUCACUGUGGACACAUCUGUCCAGCAGAGACUGUCCUCUUUUGCCUCUCACAUUGCACAGAUAUCUCUGGCCCUCAACAAUUGCACAGAUCGGAGUGUGAUUCUAAUUGACGAAUUCGCCAGAGGCACUUCAAGUGUGGAUGCCUCGUGUCUGCUGAAGAGCCUCGUGCUACACUACUCAUCCUCGCCACUACAGCAUCAACAGCACGCCACUAUAUUUGGCAACAACAUGCAGCCUAACACCACAGCAGAUCAGCUGUCUCAAUCAGGGCGGCCAAGUCCGAUCAUGAUAGUGGCAACUCACUCACUCCAUGCAGUCAGAGAUCUCCAGAGGGCAUUUGGGAAGACACACUCAGUCGGCCAAGUGAGCUUCUGCCGCAUGAAAUUCGCCAGAAUAGACCAAAGGGAAGAAGAUACUCAACAGUCGCAGUCGAGUGAGGCAGAUAAAGACGAUGACGUCAGAAGACAAAGUCCAAAAAUGGUGUUCCUCUACAAACUCGAAGAAGGGGUGGCAGACUACAGCUACGCGGAACAAGUGGCACUCUCCAAUGGGGCACCCGCUGAAUUCAUGCAGCUGCUGACUCACUUCCAACUGAAACUGAGGACACCACUACCUGUACAGGCAUAUGAUGACACUGCGUCUACCCGUAAAAACUCGGAUUGGGACUAAAUUUACCCGUUACUUUAUACUUUUUGAUUCAAUUCAUUUUCCCCUUCAGUUAAUGUAUUUUGCUUG